AUGACAAAUAUUUAUGAAGAAUUAAUUAAACUUAAACUUAGUGAACAUGAAAUAAAGAAAUUAUAUAUUCAUUUCACUAAAAAUUAUAAUCAAAUAUAUGAGGCGGAAUUAAUUCUUAGCAAGUAUUGCAAAACAGAUGAUGAUAAAUAUGAAUAUUUAGAAUCUUUAUUAGAAAGUUCCUUAUUACCUGAUGGACCUGUUGUAACUAAUAAAUUAAGAAUAAGAGAUGAUUUUUCCGAAGGUUUAAUAUAUCAAAAACCAAAACCUUUACUUUCUACUAUUGGUAUUAAUUGGGAAUAUCAACCAGAUCCAUCUUUACAUAAUAUAUUGCGAAAAGAAAUUAAGGAUCAUUAUAGAUAUUUUACUCAAGAAAAAUUUGAUAAGGCUUAUAUGCCUAUUUAUUUCUUUUUAUCUGGUGCUGGUACAGGAAAAUCACGAAAUGCUACUGAAUUUCAUAAUACAGUACUUAAAUGUUUAAAUAAUAAAGAAGAUGAUUCAAAAUUAAAGGAUAUGAUUCAAAAUGCUUUAGUGUUUAAUGUUAGCUUUGAAAAUGGUACUAGUUUAAAACAAGUGGAAUCUGAUACUUAUAAAGCUAUUGGUACUCGAAUGUUAUUACAACUCCUUCCUGAUAUGAAUUUGGAUGAAAUUAUUUCAACUUAUGAGGCACCUUAUCCAUGGGAAGUUUUACAAUUGGUUGCUAAAAAUAAGAAACAAGAUUUGAAAGAAAUUCCAGUUUUCUUAAUUAUCGAUGCAUUACAACAUAUUAUAUAUGAUUCAAGAAGGGAUCAUUUAGAUCCUGAAUACAAAUUUUAUCGGACUAUAUCAAAUAUUGCAGAUCUUACAUGUCAGGGUGCUUUUUUGAUUCCAUGUUGUACUGCUACAACUACUAGUCCAAUUCAUAGUGUUACAAAAAGUCUAUCUAAUAAAUGUGUAUACCUACCAGUUCCUACUUUACAUUCUCCAACAAUUUGUAAAGAAAAUUCUCAGGAAUCAACAGAAGUCUUUCCAAAAGAUCUUAUCACAAAAAUUCUUGUAGAGGAUUGUGGAGGACAUGGGAGAGCUCUUGAAACUUUACAAGAAACUUUAAUAAAUCAUCAUGAUGUUAGUGAAGACAACAUUAACUUACUAAUGAAUGAUUUGCGUAAUGCAUUAACUAAUAGAUAUAUUGAUGUUUUUAGUCUUUCCAAUGCUGAAAUUCAGACUAUUGCAAAAGCAAUAUUAUUACGUCAACCUUUAGAUUUUGACAAGAAUAUUCCUGGAAUAAAUAAAACUCCAGAACAAAUUGUUCAACAUGGACUUGUUCAAUUUGAAAGAGAAGGUACUAUUGUUAAUUCCAAAACAGGAUAUCUCGUUGCACCAUAUAACUGGAUUUGGAUAUUAGCACAACAAAUUGGUAUUGAUGAGUUACUUCAAAAAUGGCAAUUUGAUGAUUAUAAAGAACAAAAAUCAUUAUUAUCAUUAGAGUCUCAAAGUUCGCGAAAUUUUGAACAAUUUAUUGCAACCAUUCGUUGUUUAAAGUCACGGAUUAUAAAAGAAGGCGAGUUAACGAAAAUUUCUGAAGUUCAUUCAGGAGCACGAUUGAAUGGAGAUAUUGAAUUUGUAAAUCAUCAUCUAAAAUUGAGAAUUCCUGAUUUUCAAGAACCUACAAAUUCUGAAAAUUCUAAUGUAAAUAUUUUAUGUGGAAAUGAAAUUAUUAAUAUUCGACAAGGCAGAUAUUGUAUUGUUAAUCAUGCAUCUGCACAAUAUGGUGACUCUUUUAUUAGUUUGGAUUUAGAGAAAAAUAAAGAAAAAGUAAAUGAAAGGAAAAAAUAUUUUCCCUUAAUUUCUAAUGAAGUUCAUCAAUACAAAUUCUGGAAUGAUAAAGAAGUUAAUCAAAAAGUUUACCUAAAUGAACGAAAUAAAGUUGCAUCAACGCACGAUUUUUUAAUGCUCUAUACAACCAAAGAUUGUGAUAAGCUUGAACUCCCAGAAAAUUCAGGAAUUGUUGAUAAAAAAAAUUGGAAUAAAUACUUUGGACCAUUUGCAAAUAGAGCAUUUAUAUUUGCUACACCUCUUGAUAUUAAUACAACAAAUCGUAAAAGUCUUCAACAAAUAAGAGCUAUUGGUAUCCAAAAUACAGAAAAAAUCUUAUCAAAGAGGCCAUUUAUAAAUAUUGAAAAUGCAAUAGAAAAAACAGGUUUAUCGGAAAAUGUUUUGGAAAAAUUUAAAUUUCCUUUUAGAAGGUAUCAUAGUCUAGCUCGUGUGAGUCAUAAAAUUUGUCAAAAUAUAUUUCGUUACAUAUAA